UUCCCCCUCGCCGCGCGCGGCGGAGGGGAGCCGGCUCGCGCCGCUCUGGCCGCCGCCCCCUGCCCUCCCCUGCCUUCAUCGUACCCCCGGUGCAUUCUGGGAUAGUGGCGGCCCGGCCCGGCAGCGCCCCCUCCUCCCUCCCCCUCCCCAGCUCCUUCUCCAUCCCCAGGUCCAAGAUGGCGGCGGCGGCGGCGGCUCCUCCGGCCCCAUCCCCGCCGCCCCCUGCCCCGGCGGGCCCGCGCUGCCCGGGCUCCUGGCCCAACUUCGCCGUUGUCUGCUCCUUCCUCGAGCGCUACGGGGCCCUGCUGGACCUGCCCGAGCUGCCCUUCCCUGAGCUGGAGCGCGUCCUACAGCCGCCGCAGGAGCCCGGAGACCAGGUCCCAAAAGAAUUGGUGGAGCUUCACUUGAAACUGAUGAGAAAGAUUGGGAAGUCUGUCACAGCAGACAGAUGGGAAAAAUACUUGAUCAAGAUAUGUCAAGAAUUCAACAGCACUUGGGCUUGGGAGAUGGAAAAAAAAGGAUACCUAGAAAUGAGUGUUGAAUGCAAACUGGGGAUUCUGAAGUAUCUCUGCGAAUGUCAGUUUGAUGACAAUCUAAAGUUUAAGAAUAUCAUUAAUGAGGAGGAUGCUGAUGCCAUGCGUCUGCAGCCCAUCGGUCGGGACAAGGACGGCCUCAUGUACUGGUAUCAGCUGGAUCAAGAGCAUAAUGUCAGAAUGUACAUAGAAGAACAGGAUGACCAGGAUGGAUCCACAUGGAAGUGCAUUGUUAGAAAUCGCAAUGAGCUUGCUGAGACUCUUGAGCUCUUGAAAGCACAAAUUGAUCCUGCUCUGUUGAAAACCAACAAUUCUCAGCAGGAGAAUUCAUCACGUGAAAGUCCAAGCAUAGAAGAUGAAGACACCAAAAAGGGUGAAGAAGCAGCUCCACAAGAAAAUCAAUUGAAAAUCAAAGAAGAAAAAGAGGAUGUAGAGGAACAGCCAGUGCAGUCGGAAAGCCUUCCUCCUCCUGUGGUCAAGGAGGAUGAAAAUGCACUUAAAAUUGAGAAAGUGGAAGAAAAAGAAAUUAUAAAAUUGCCAGUAAUAGUGAAAUUAGAGAAACCUUCAGAACACAACGAAGAGAAGCAAACUGUCAAGGAAGAAAGUGAUUCCUUUAAGGAAAAUGUCAAGCCUGUUAAAGUAGAGGUGAAGGAAAACAAAACAGAGCCCAAAGACUUAAAAGAAGUAAAAAUCUGUAUGGACAAAAUAGCGGUUCAUGAGCCAGAGAGGUUAGAAUUUUGUGUUAAUGUCAAAACUCCACAGGAAAUUGUGGAGAAAUCUGUGGAAGAAAGUGAAAAACUUAAAAAUGACCAACAGGCAAAAAUACCACUUAAAAAGCGAGAGAUUAAACUGACAGAUGAUUAUGACAGUCCAAUAAAAGGGCCCCUCUGCAAAUGUGUUACUCCAACAAAGGAUGUCUUGAAGGAAGAAGGGAAACCAGAAGAAGAAGCUUUUAAGAGAGUCCCUACCAUUACUGCUCUGUGUCCUGAUGGGAAAGUGCUAGUAAAUGGAGAGGUUAGCUGUGAGAAAAUAACCCAGAGCGUCAUACAAAACAGUAAGUCAGAACACUCUGCUAGUGCUAUGGAAGACAACACUUCAUUAAAAGAGAAAAAUGGAAAAAGUGGGGAAAAAGUAUCAGACUCCCUAAAUUCUGUUAGUAAAAUUAUAAAAACAUGUGAGAUUGAGAAAAAUGCAGUAACUGUGCUGAAAGAGAUUGGGGCUGUGGUCUCUGAGGUUUCUAAUCAGAAAGUGCCUUCAAAGGAGGAAUCUAGUCCUGUGGAAAGAGAGUCCCUUGACAGCACAGUUACAGUAGCAGAAGAGUCUUCAAACUCUGAAGACUGUGCCAAAACAACUGAAGAGAAACAAGCCACUGAUCUCGAAAACGACAGUCUGCCACCACCCAAAGAAUGUUCAGAAAAGCUAGAGAUGUCCCCAAAUGCAUCUGCUCCUGCAGAACUGCCUAAGCUUGCACUGGCUGAUGAAGAGACUUUGAAAAGUAAAGAUGAGCCUGAGGAGAAAAACAACUCUCCAAAAGCUGCUGAGAUACCUCCUACAUCCACUUCACCUGUUACAGUAGAGAAACCUGUUUCGGAAAAGGAGGACUCUGAUAGUAAAAUGGCUCUACCUGAGGAGAGCAAAGUAGAAGAAAAAUCCAGCCCUGAAAAACAAGAGGAAGAGUCAGAAGCUGUCAAAACAGAGCCAGAUAAAUUAGACGAUGCCCAUGCAUCUAAUCUAGAGGAUUCCUCAGAGAAUAAAAAGGAAUCUCCAGAACCUAAAAGCAAAUUUAAAUAUAAGCUAGUUUCUGAAGAAGAAACCUGUGCAACAGAGAAUAAAGAAAUAACUUCUGAAAGACAAAAAGAAGGAAUUAAAUUAACAAUCAGGAUCUCUAGUCGGAAGAGAAAGACAGAAACACCACCAGAAGAGGUCAGCGUUGGCCGCACGUUGAGGCGGUCACCAAGAAUAUCCAAACCUACUCCAAAAGUUGUGGAGACUCGGGAUCAGAAGCCUGAGAAGAAGCGACCUGAAGAGGAAGAGGAGAAACCUGCAGCAGCACAAAAGCCAGAACGGAAAGAAGAUAGAAAAAAACAGGAGAAGGAGACAAAUUCUAAAGUUAACAAGAGAAGCAAAGUUCGGUGGACGGGUACGCGGACUCGUGGCAGGUGGAAAUACUCGAGUAAUGAAGAGACUGAGGACUCUGAGAGUGAAAAAAACUCUGAGGAGGAGGAAGAAGAGGAGGAAGAGGAGGAAGAAGAAGCUCCACCUGCUGAUGACGAUGAGCCCUGCAAGAAGUGUGGCCUUCCCAAUCAUCCUGAGCUGAUUUUGUUGUGUGACUCUUGUGACAGCGGCUACCACACAGCCUGCCUUCGCCCUCCACUGAUGAUCAUCCCUGAUGGAGAGUGGUUCUGCCCGCCUUGCCAGCAUAAAUUACUCUGUGAGAAAUUAGAGGAACAAUUACAAGAUCUGGAUGUUGUCUUAAAAAAGAAGGAGCGUGCAGAACGCAGAAAAGAGCGAUUGGUGUACGUGGGUAUCAGUAUUGAGAACAUCAUUCCACCUCAGGAGCCAGAAAUACCUGAAGGUCAGGAAGAAAAGAAGAAAGAUUCCAAGAAGCCCAAAUCAAAACUUGAAAGGAGAUCUACCAGAACCCGAAAGUGCAUAAGCUACAGGUUUGAUGAAUUUGAUGAGGCAAUUGAUGAGGCAAUUGAAGAUGAUAUCAAGGAGGCUGAUGGAGGAGGCAUUGGCAGAGGCAAAGACAUGUCAAAUAUCACAGGUCACCGUGGAAAAGACAUUUCCACAAUCCUAGAGGAAGAAAGGAAGGAAAACAAGCGACCACAAAGGGCUGCUGCAGCACGACGCAAGAAACGACGGCGACUGAAUGACUUGGAUAGUGACAGUAACAUGGAUGAAGAGGAGAGUGAGGAUGAAUUCAAGAUCAGCGAUGGAUCUCAGGAUGAGUUUGUUGUAUCAGAGGAAAAUCUGGAUGAAAGUGAAGAUGACCCACCAUCAAAUGAGGACAGUGACUCGGAGUUCUGUGCCCGCAUAUCCAGGCGACACCUCUCCAGGCCCAUGAGGCAAAGCAGGCGGUUACGAAGGAAAACAGUCAAGAAAAAAUACUCUGAAGAUGAUGAAGAGGAAGAGUCUGAGGAAAAUUCAAGCAGAGAGUCUGAGAGUGGUGAUUACACAGAUUACAGUGAUGAUGAUUACCUGGAAACGAGGAGGAGAAGAUCAAGACGGAAUCAGAAGAGACAAGUUAAUUAUAAGGAAGAUUCAGAAAGUGAUGGCUCACAGAAAAGUGUCCGAUAUGGGAAGGAGUUGAGAAGAGUUCACAAACGCAGGCUCUCCACCUCAGAUAGUGAAGAGAGCUACACAUCUAAGAACUCUGAAGACGAUGAAUCCACAAAGGAAUCAAAGCGAUUGAUUCGAAAACGUCGGCGAAGUACAGACGACUAUUCCGAGGAAGAAGGAGAGGAUGAGGAGGAAGAAGGGAAGCCUGUCCGCAAACGCCUGAAUCGAAUCGAGACCGACGAGGAAGAUACCUGCGAGAACGCCAACAACGAGGCAGAAACCCCCACCCCUGCAGUUAAGCUGCCAGCAGCACAAGCCCCCCAAGACAACCCCAAGAAGCACUGCUACCGGAUAGAGAGCGAUGAGGAAGAUGACUUUGAUAACGUAGGGAAAGUAGAGAGCCCUUUGGACUACAGCCUGGUGGACUUGCCUUCCACCAACGGACAGAGCCCAGGGAAAACCAUUGAGAACUUGAUUGGCAAGCCGAGCGAGAAGAGCCAGGCCCCCAAGGACAGCACGGCCAGCGCCAGCCUGGCGCCCAACGGGACGGGGAGCGGGCAGGAGGCGGUAGGGCCGGAGGAAGAUGAAGAUGAACUUUUGAGAGUGACUGACCUUGUUGAUUACGUCUGUAACAGUGAACAGUUAUAAGACUUCCAUUUUUGUGCUAAUUUAUUCCACGGUAGCUCAUACCAGCGGGCCAGUUAUUAAAAGCUGUUUUAUUUUUCCUAGAAAAUUCUCCACUACAGUAUCACUUUCUAGAAGCAAGAAUUUCACCAGUCCUGCAGUCUUUCUGUGAAGUGACCAGUUUUGAACUUCGAAGAUGAAUCGCUGUAAAUUCCCUCUCUUACCCCUCCUUCUCCUUCCAAGUCCAUGGUCCUGGGUAAUUUCACUCACAAAAACCUUAUAACAACAAGAGAUUUGUAUAUUUUUGACUUUAUAUUUCCUGAGUGCAUACAAAUUUGUGGAAAUGGGUGGCCUAAGAAAGCAUUCCAAAUCAGUCAGGGCCCAAACCGGAACUGGGGUGGGUUUGGCUCAAGGGGUGGGGGGGACGGGAGGGGGGUGGUGCAGAAGCACUUGUGCUUUAGCUUUUUCAUAUGAGAUAUAUAUUAUAUUUAAAUGUUCACAACUUAGAUUACAACUUAACAGACAGUUAAAAGCAAAAUUAAUGUCUGUACUGUCGCAUUUUGUGAGUUGUAGGUUAACAUACCAUAGCUCAUUUUAGUAAUCACCUUCAUGGAAGCAGUUUGAUUUUAAUACUGGAGGAAAACAGAAUUAUUAGAGGCCAAGAAGGUACCAUAAACAAGAACUCUGCUAUUCAUUAUGACUUGCAGACUUUCCUAAUAAACAUCCUUUAAAGUGUUUGUACAGUGAAGUGUACUGUAAUGAAGUUUUUGACAGCCGAAACACUCUAGCCAUGAAUUUCUAAAGUGAUCUCAUGCACAGUUCAUCAGAUGUCCUUCAAUGCACAGUGUCUAGUGGGAGGACAUAUUGAUGUCAAGUUAGUCUGUAAGCUGGAUGUCAAGUAAGUCUGUAAGCACUGCAGACUUUUACAGACAAAAAACCCUGCGUUCGCUGCUCGACCACGUGAGUUUCAACACCAGUUGGAGUAUUUUGAACAAAAUUGUUUGUACAAAUGGCACUGACCACAGAAUGACAAGUGCAUAAGAGGAUGGAGGGAUUUUCAAAUAAACCAUGACUGGUCCAUUCAUGCCCUUACUAUCUACUUCAAAUUGAAGUAAACAAAUGGAACAGUUUUCCUUUUGGAGGUUUCCUGUUUGGCAUUUGCGUGUGUUUUGUUUUGGUUUUCCUUAUCUGCCUGGAUGUAUUAGCAGGUUUUGAAUGUAGUUGUUGGCCUUUGGCCAUUAGAAUUUUCUUAAAAUACAUUUUGAUAACUGUCAUGUGACCAACUGAUUUCAAGAAGGCAGAGUUUCUGAGAGAAAACGCUUGACUCCAAGAUAUCUCAUCAACUUUUAAGCAGGCAUGAAAUGAUACAUGCUUUUAUUCAAGGGGGAAGAAAAAGACAAUGGAAGAAUAAAAACCCCACCCAGUCAACAUGGGGCACAUCAAGAGCAUUCAGUUUUCUCUUGACUCUGAUUAAGAUGUAGGCUGUAGCAUUUUUACAUGUUUAUAGGACACAGACAGCUCAAACAGAUCUGCCAAACAUUGAAAUCCAAAAAGGUCACAUUUGUUAAUCCUUUUGCUCUGAGAUUUGGAUUUUUGACUGGUGUUUAUGUCCAUUGCCGGCAAUGGAUGCACCAAAACUGCUGCUGCCACUGAGGAGUGAGUUCUCCUUUCCUCCCCCACCUGAUUCCCUUCAAUUAUAUUGUAUUUACUAUUCAGUCAUUAAGCACUUCUGUUUUCUUAUAAUAAAACCAGCAUUUGGCCUUUACUGAAUACCUCUCUAGAAAACCUAGAUCCAAAAUUUACCUUCUGGCCUUUAAAGUCUUGGUUUUGUUUCCCCACCUCUGUUCUCCAUGAGGUCUGUCAGAACCACUCCGUGACUCUUACUCGUUUGGGUUUUAGCAGUGCACAUAUCACACUAUAAAACUAGGAUCAGAAAGAUGCAAAAAGAUGGAACUUGCUCAUUAUCUGCUGUGCUAAGCAGGCUUGUGACUAAAAACGAAGAGAAAUCACUCUACAUGACAAUUUAAUUUCAUCAAGGAUUAAGUGUUUUCCUACCUUACUGAUGUUAACAAUUAACAGUUAAGUGAUUAAAAUGGGGUAGUGAAGAGCCACAGAAGCUUAGAAUGAGUUCUUAAAAGCAUAUGUAGCGUUUUAAGCUACUCUAGUGCUUUUCUUUGCUUAGGUGAUGCAUAAAUGUAGUGCUUCUAAAUUCUAAUAUACUUGUGUGUUAGAAAAAGUAAGAACACAAGGCUUCCACUUGUCCAUGAUAGUAGCUGCUGAGCAUUUUUAAUACUUGCAGUGCAAACUGACACACAUCCAUCGGCUCUGUGGAAUCGAUGGUUCCUCAUUUGUUUUGGCAGUGCCAUAUUUUCCUUUGCUGCCUGAUGGAGCCUUCUAGUAUCUGAUCAAAUGUUCUCGCUUGUAGAAUCAACUCCAAAUGCUAAAUACUUAGUGAGGAGGCACUUGUAUAUGUAAGAAAAUACAAAAGAGUUACAAUUCUAGAUACAUCAAUCAUGAAAAAAAUUGAGUACUCAGAGUUAGAGCAAUGUAAAAGCAGGAAAGACCAGGAAGCAAAAUAGGAACAUUGAAGCUUGCAUCAGAAGUGUCAUGUUCUAAAAAUGGCCAGUUGUUACCAAAUUGUACUUUUUAUAGGUCUCUUAAAAGCAACUUUUCUAAGAAGUCAACCUUGGUACCUGAGAUGGCUUCAUCCCACUGGAUCUAGAGUUCCUCCUUAGAUCACUGGGAAUGGUAUGCAAGGAAAAACUGCAAAAAGUGCUCUGGAAAGUAUUACCAUUUUAAAAUUUGGUGUUUUUGUCAUUUUUAAGGCUUUCUGCUUGGUGGAAAAUGUAUCAUCUCCUAUUUGGGAAGAUGACAUUUUCUGACAAGAGGCCAGCUAUCACACAGGGUUCAUGCUGUUACAGUACGUGUAUGUGAUUCCAGAGUGAAAAUGUCUUCCUGGUGUCCUUACAGUCUUGUGCCCUUCUGUGCUCAGAGAUCAGAAGUUAGUUGUCUUUGAAUAGUGAUCUUCAGGUGUAGCAUUGGGCUUAAAGCUCAAACCAUAUGGGAACAGGAAACAGGCAUGGGAUUCUUUUAAAAGAGAACAAGCAGCUACUGGCUGAACAUGCAGAGCAUUCAUUCAGCAAACUCUUGUUUAUUCCACACAGAUUGUCACUAAAAGCUUUGUCUUUUUUUACCUGCAAGCUCUUCGGUAUAUAACUGAGUGGAAGGAAAGCUGAUUUCUAUGUGUAGCCUAAGUAGCACUACUGGGAAGAAGAACAUGUAAAUCAAGUGGAGGAAUGGGGUUUUUUGUGCCACCAAGAUAAAUGCUGGCUGUUUGCUUCCCUGUGUGGGGCUUCUGUGACUCAGCAACAAAAAGUACACAAGUGGGAUUGCUCUGCUGUAAUGAAUGUGGUGUGUUAAUCUAAGCAGAAUGGGCAUAGAAUUAAGAACUGGGUUGGUUUCACCACAGUUGUUGUCUUCUGGUUGUUGAGUCUGAUAAACCUGAGCAUGUUCUUGAUAUAAGAUGGAAAACAACAUCACAUUUAACAGCCCCUAGUUAGCAAGGUCAGUGCUGAACAAUCAACUCUUUGAUACUUUGAUUUUGUAAAUGCUGAAUUACAUUAUGAAACCGCUGCAUCUUCCCGAUUAUUUUUUUGAAUGAAAAGAUUGUUCUGGUCUAGCAGCACUUAGGAGAAACAAGAGACGCUUUUUUCUAAAAAGCUCAUUUUUGAAGUGUCACCUUGAAGAUUUUGUUGUAUUAAGUGUCUCGGUUACUCUCCAUAUUAUGGGAGCUAAUGACUUAGUUGGACUUGUUUUUUGUUCAUUUCUGUUUUCUAAUUGCUGUGUCUGAACUCUUGGUAACAGACCUUACAUUGAGAAACUCAAGAGUCAAAAGAUGUAUGUUCACAAAAGAAAAAUUGCAUGGUAGUGGUACAAUUGUUCUGAUUUCUCUUCACAUCUAUUAUUUGAACUACACUGGUAUCCAGAUGCUGCAACUGUUUAAUAAUUUUAAUCCUUCAUUUUCAGGGGGUCCAUUUUAUACCUCUGUUUUCAGGUGCUUAUAACAUGGUUUUCAGUUUUCUUCAGCAGGAAGCUCUAGUCUAAACCUUCAAAUAAUGAUUUUGUAUUACAUAUUUUUACAGACUUCUUUUAUUAAAAGUAAACAAGGAAUUUUUACAGCACCUGCUUUUUAAAAUUCACUUUGUACACGGUGAUUUAAAUAAAUCAUGGCAGUAAUGCUCGCCCCCAGAA